GGAAGGGCGUCCAGUUUCAGCCUUUUCUCUUCGAGAACGGCGAGAACGGAGAACAAUUCGCUUUAAACCGGCGUAUAUAUUUGAUAUCGAUUAUUUAUAGGUUUAAUUUUUAAAGCAGGAUCUUUAUAAACCGGAUUUUAAAUCUCAGUCGUCAUGCUGUUCGUGCUGCUCUGCCUCUGCUUACAGGCUACAGGCCUGCAUGCCUUUUCUGUGUCCACCACAACAAGCACAGUGUUGGUGAACGAGAACAGUGGAGCUGAUAUGACCUGCUCCUUCUCUGCAGACUUUGGUGCAACACCCAGAGUGGAGUGGAAGUUCAGGGAUCUGAAAGGAACAGUGUCCUUCAUCUACUUCGACGGCCAGGUUACCACUCCGUUCAAAGAGCGGUUCACACAGUACAACGGUGGCCUGAGGAUCUCAAAAACAGUCAGAUCAGACACUGGUGACUACCUGUGUGAGGUGUCUACCAACGGUGGCUUUGCGUCGACCUCGAUUAAGCUCACGGUGAUUGUGCCUCCCGCUGUGCCCGUCAGCCGAAUCCCCAACUCAGUCACAACAGGGAGCAACGUUCGCAUGACCUGCUUUGACCCGGAAGGCUCUCCCCCGUCCACCUACCAAUGGUACAAAGAUAACACCCCUCUCCCUGAAGACCCCAGCAAGUUCCCCAACUUCAAGAACAUGACCUACAAAAUGAACAUUCAGAAUGGAAACCUGGAGUUUCCCAGCGUGGCUAAGACAGACCAAGGCCAAUAUUUCUGUGAGGCGUCUAACGGUAAAGGGCCUGCUCAGCGUGGACAGCCUGUGUUGAUGCAAGUCCGUGACCUGAACACAGGAGGCAUCGCUGCUGGGGUCAUUGUAGCGCUCCUGGCCAUCGCAGCGCUGAUCUUUGGCCUGUGGUACGCUAAUAAGAAGGGAUAUCUACCCAAAAUGUCAGAAAGCAAGCCGAAAACUGCCGUUUACACCCAGCCCAGACAGACCUACGAUGAGGAUGAUGGCGAGUUUAAACAGAAGUCCUCAUUCGUGGUCUAACCUAAAGGAACUCCUGAAGUGUGGAUGUCUCUCCUGUUUAGCUGAUGUCUAUUUACUGGGGUUGUGUGUAUGUGUGUAUGUGUUUGAUAUAUCAUGAGGUGCAUCACAAUUGUGUACUAAUCACUAAUUCUAAGGCUUAUUAAUAUUUUUUCUGAGAUAAAAUAUGUAAUGUAGAUAAAAAAUGUCCUCAAUACAUCUUGACAAUAUAUGCGGUCAGUUUUGGAGUAACGCUAGAAUGUAACCCUAUUAUCUCACAAUGCAGAAAGCCAGGAGCUUCUCAUGUCUGUAAUGAUAUUACAAAAAAAGAGCAGAUAACUAAAAUGGGUUAGACAAUUUAAAUUAAAAUUGAUAUGGUAGUACCUUUUACAGAAGUAGUGUGUAGUACACAAUUGGGACGCAGCCAUGUUUGUUAUUGCCACUUCUGGUCGUUGUACAUUGCACUGACCCUGAUGCUGAGUUGAGUUUUGUACCAGUAAGCGGAGCAUCCACUGAAUCAUCCUCUGUGUUUUUCUUGCACCUUUUGAACACAUGUAUAUGGCUUCUAACCUCAUUCAUGAAGUAUAUAUUUUUUUCUCCCUGAAAACGGAGAAAAAGUUGAUUACCUUUGAGGUAGAGGCACCAUUAUUUAACUUUUGAACCCUUUGAAAAAAUUCCACUACAACCUCACUUUCCAAGCAGUGAACAAUUGUGUAUGUACAGUAGCUUGUUAAUUGAUUCAGAGGAUACGGGUUUGGUGUAAAUAUGAGAACCUCAACUUUUUUUCCAUGUCUUAAAAAUGGUUCUGCUUUAGUCCUGCAUUAGAAACACAUUUAGGCCAUUUAAUGCUUUUUUUUAUUGAACUGUGUGUGUUUGUGUGUGAUCACAUUGAGCUGUAUGAAUAUAUAUAUAUAUAUAUAUAUAUAUAUAUAUAUAUAUAUAUAUAUAUAUAUAUAUAUAUGUCGAAUAGGUAUGUUUGUUUGUUAAUUUGUAAAUUUGUGACACUGAUGUGGCGGCUAGUGAAAGUGAAAUAUAGUUUAGAAUUUAGAUAGAGUUGUUUUUCCACUUGAUUUUUUUUAUUUUUUACUUAUUAAUGUAACUGUCCUUGAAUAUUUAUGAAGGUAAAACAUGGUACUAGAAUAUUUCCACUCAAAUAUUCAGUCUAUAGCUUAUUUACUAAAUCAGAAGCUGUAAAAUGUACUUUUUAGCCUUUAGCCCCUUCCCCCUUUUUUAAACAUCGCUUGUGAAAUGUAAAUAGAUGUGUUGUCUUUUGCUGUACGUGUGCUGCAUGUGAAGAUGUACAUGAAGCUAGUAACAUUUGUGAUAAAGCAAUACUGGUUAUGAACAAACAUAUUUCAACAAUAGACCUAAUUCUCCAAUAUCUUUGCCUUAAAUUGCCUUAAACUUGAGAAAAGUCCUAACAAAAAGUCUGUCAGCUUCAUGAUCAUGGUUUCAAACCUCAAAUUUGUUCACAGUUCUGGUCUUAUAAUGAUUGAUGUCCUUAUAAAUGGCACAAAUCUGAAUAAGAAAACAUGGGUGAAUUUCAGACUCUUUGUUAGAAACUGCAUGAGUGUGUUUUACAAACAAAAAUGUCUUCUUAACAAUAGCUGGAGAAUGAGUCAAAAAAGCUUUUAUGAGGCUUAUAGAGGAAUUCUACCCAUUUUAAAAUAUUUUAAUUUCAUUGGAGAUGUAAUGCAGAGUAAUUUAGAGUGGUUUGAUGUGAAAACUGCUGACACUCACACUGGUGAUGGGAAAUUUUAUUAUCUGAAAUCACCAGUAAACACGUAUAUUGUGAGUUUCAUGUGCACCAUUGAUGGUGUUAAAAUAGUGGUAAAUCUGAGGAAAAUAAUAUGCUGUCCAUUAUAAAUUAAAAAACACAAAUCUUAGUCCCUCGGUUUUCACAUCAAAUCACCCUGGACUGGGUUUCCCAGAAGCGACCUGGAUGAGGUGAUCUUCACACUGUGAUGAUUAUGAAAUUUAUGCAGCAAAAAAAAAAAAAAAAAAAAAACUCCAGGCUAAUCACUGUGUUUGUUAAAUAUUCUUACUGUAAUUUUUUUUUCAAUAAAUGCCAUUAAUGAA